GGCUCGAGCAGAACCGAGCGACACCGAAUUGCGGACGCAGAGUCAAGCCGCUCCGUGAGUCGUCCCUUCGUCGGCCCAGGACCUAGAUCCCGUCCUGCAAACGCGCGGAUCGGGAUUUCGGACUACUUGUCGAUCGCAAUCUCGAGUGAGCGAGCGAACGCGAGAUAUCUCGCGUCUUUCGCUCGCGUCUUUAAAACGGACGCGAAGAACUCGGAAGAAAGAAUCAGUCUUACGGACUAGCACCGUGUUUACAUUUCCCGAUGGGAAAUACCAGGAUCUCCCGACGUUCAUAGAAAUAGAGGAAUCUUAAUUAGAUGCGCUUGUGAAACGGAAUAUCUCGCUCGGUGAUCGAUCUUAUGUCAGUGCCCUGACGUAUCCUUCGCAUUUCGUGACUCGAUCGUGCCCUUUAUACUUUUUGCGAUUCAUCGUGUCAAUGUUCCGCGUGUUAAUAAUGGCCCCCAGAGUGUUAUCUACGGAUCCGCGCGUUGAUACAUGGCGAUCAGCUUGUGUGUGAGACGCGUUAAUUCUUAUCUCGACUUCGUCUCUUUCAAUGAUUGUCGGCAUCUCGCAGAUGAUGCAUUAGGUCCGUCGAACUUAAUUGUUCGAGGGCGACAUCGCGUCGUUCAUAAUUUUAAUUCGAUUUUGAUUCUAAACGCAGUGACGACCCGUCAUUUUUAUACCAAGCGCGCGAUCGUUGACGUUUCGCUUCGAGCUUAACUUUAAUUAAAUCUAAAGUGACGCGCGAACUCACGUGGGAUGCAAGUAUUCGUGACGACUUCCCUCUUGAGUUGCUAACAUUUUGCGAGUGUCACGAGUGCAAAUAUUUAAUGUCGCGUGUCAUCGACUCUUGUAUUUGAUUUAAGCGUCCAAGAGGCGACGUGCGAAAUUCGUACUGCGAAUGUCGAUGGCAAAGUUUGUUAUCGCUAUGAAAACGACGAGCGGUUUCUCGAGCGACGAUCAUGAACCGUGACGAUCCACAGCGUGACAACUGGCUAAGUUUUGGCAGCUUCUCGUCAACAGAAAUCAUGGCAAAUGUCGAACGGCCGCACAGCAGCGUGAACGCGAAAACUCUGUUGCUUCCGGUUUAGAUGACCAACUCGCAGAUGGAAAAAAUGAUCAUGACGGUGGUCACUCGAUCGUAAUGAGAUCGAGCGAAGGACCUGAUCGCGCGUGAGGAGGUACCAUACGAAUAAGCGACAACGGCGGAAACGGGUGGAAACGAUGGGGUCCUUGCCGAAUCUUCAUGAGCUGUCCAAGGAGAAGCUGGAGAGCCCGGUGUACAAACCGGCGCCGAUCGGCGGUCUUGGUCCAGUGCGAUUGCCGCCGCAGCCUCCGCCGUUGGCGCACUCGCAUAAACGCGCGAGAAGCAGCGGACAUCAUCAUUCUACCCUGGGCGAUAAUGAUGCCAUGCUGGAGCACAUGGCGGCAUACUCGCCGAUCUCCUGCCGGUCCACGCGCACAUCGGCGCUGUCGUGGCGACGUCGCGAUUCCAUGAACUCGUCGGCGGGCGCGUCGUCGGUGCGCCGGCUGAUCGCGGCGGUCCGGGCGACCCCGGCCGGGCCCCGGCCGCCGCGUAAGGCCGUGUUACGGCACAUCGCGGCCCUACUGCUCGGCCACGCGAGCUGCUCGGCCGCCACGCUGCCCAUCUUCCCGUUGCAGGCGGGCCUGGGCGCGUUCGAGCCGCAUCUGGGCCCGGUGCUUCUGGCGCAGCUCUACAUGAUGGCAGCCGCCACCAGCUGCUUCGCCCCCAUCGUCGUGCAACGGCUCGGCACGAAUCUCGCCAUCACCGCGAACCACGUGGUCACCGCGAUCUUCGUCGGCGUGCAUUUGUAUCCUAAAUGGUAUAUACUCGCACCUAGCUACGCGAUGCUAGGUUGCUGCGCCAGCUCGAGCUUUUUAGCGAGGACGUCGCACGUCAACGUAUCCGCGAGUAGUCUGGCGAUGGUCUGCGUCGACCCUGAAGAUCCGGAUGAGACGCGACGCGAGUGCCUAUUGAGAAGGCUCAACCGGGGAAUCAAACUGGCCGAAGAUAUUGGUCUCGCAAUCGGUUGCCUCAUCGCCGCGGUCCUCGUCAGGCUAACGGAUCCGCUACUGUCUAGUAUAAUAAACAGCGACAUAGGGGAUGUCUGCGGAGCUGAGUACUGUUCGGAGGAGAUGUACUUCUACAACGAAUCGCUCUACGUGCCGACGAUCGCCCCAGGCACGUCGAGGGUGCUCGUCAGUAUUUGGCUCGGUCUGGCAGUGCUCGGCUUAGGCAUAUCCUGCGCGUUUCUCGAUUCGAGGAUGCAAGAGCCUCAGGCGAACAACGAUCGCACCAGCGUCAAGGAUAUCCUCAAGUCCGUUAAAUGCGCUUUUCAGGAUCCGAAGCUUCAGCUCGCGGCGCCGCUCACGCUCUUCAUCGGACUGGAACAAGGUUUCAUCUACGCCGAUUUUAUGGAGGCGUAUGUGGUAUGCACCUCAGGCGACGCCGGCACGGUCACUUUAAACUUUCUGAGUUUAGCUCUGUUACAAGCUCUCGCCGCCGUGACACUCUCGAUGCUGUUGAGACAGAUUAAAAGGUACUAUGUUGUGGUCGUAGGUUUCGCCUUCCACGCUUGUCUCUUGCUUGUCUUGCUCACUUGGAGACCGACGGGAGACGACCCAGCCCUCUUCCACGUCAUAUCAGCUGCCUGGGGAGUUUGUAAUUCCAUUUGGGAGACUUUGAUAUAUACGCUGGUGAUGGGCCUCUACCCGAACGCGUGGCAGGGACCGCUGUCGACGUCGCUCUUUUGGCGUUGGCUCGGACUGACCCUCGCGCUCAGCCUCCACGGCGCGGUGUGCACCCGUUAUCGCGUCCUGGGCCUCGCCGCGACCCUGGUCCUCGCGGUGGUACCGCAUCUCUGGCUGGAGAGCCGUCUAGCGCGCCGCGGAAAAACGCUGGCACCCUUAUGACCGGGCGACUCGACGGCGAGCGAACGUGGGUC